AGUUGUAAGACCCAAAAAUAUGAGUGUAACUUAAUUUUAGUUUAGUUUAGUUAGGUUUUUUUUUCUAUUCUGUGAAAUGUUUGAGGUUUGGUUACUGGCUUACAUGCCUCUUAAAAUUUUCCUCUUCGUACAAUUACAAGAUGGCCGCCGCGUUCUUCACAACUUCCACGACAUCUCUAGGAUUUUUUUUGUCACCAACCCGCCUCAUCUACGCGUUUCCCUCUUUUUCGGUUGGGUCAAAUAUGGCCGAACGCAACUGACUGUUUUGAUGUUCAAUGAUGUCUAAUUUAACAACCUAAUUUUGUUGAUCUAGAGGUAAAGUGUAAAGUCAUGAUGUACUGUUGCGUGGUAUGAGGUGUGCAGCUUUCCGUAAACAAUAAAUCAGCAUCGUUUGCAGCCUGUGAUGACAGACUGUCUGUCCAGGGCACGCAGGCUCCAACUAACCCCACAGCCAUAGAGAACCUGAUGAGGACUGCAGUGUUGGAGAUCUCUCAGAUCUUUGAGGACAGCUUACAUGAUCAUCAGGUUGAGCUUGCACAUAAAGGAGAAGAAAUCGCUCAUCUCAAAGUGAAGCUGCAGCGAGCUGAGUUUAAGCUCAAAAACAUGUCAGUGAAAAGUGAAACCAACAUGAGCAUUACACAAAUUUAUGAAACUUCAAAAGAAUCUGAAGAAAGUGCUCAUGAAGAAUCAGCUGUCUCUGAAAUUGAUUUUCGAGUACCUGAUGACUGGUGUGUCCCACUGAGCUUUGAGAAUGUGGACCAACAGGAGAUUCCUUGUCCCAGUGUUCGGCUGAAGCAGUUUUCUAUUCCUCUGUCGCCCAUUCCAUUAAAGCAUGAGAUCACAAAACCAAGGCUUAGACCACGUCAAAACAGGGAUAAAAAAGAUUCACAUGGAAAAAUCAAGCCCAAAGGUCCAAGAAAGCGAGGCCAACCAAGGAUUCGUCCGCUGGAAAAUGACAUAAUAAAAGUUGAGGUAGUCGAUAUUAAAGAAGAACCCUUUGACUAUGAAGUAAAGCCACCCAUACAAAGAAAGGGCCUGUCAGGAAAAGUACAGAAAACUCACAAACACAGAAAGAGACACAGAACGCAGGACAGUACUACAGGACAAAUGUACCACUGCAGGUUCUGUCCAAAGGUCUUUGACACAGCAUUCGGCCUCCGUGUUCAUGAUCGGGCACACAAGAAAUGCAUAGCUUGCAAAAAAGUCUUUCCUUUCCCAAGUGUUCUUAAGCAACAUGAGGGCAGAUGUAAAUAUUACAAGGAAUUAAUGAGGUUAUCCAAUCCACUGCCUAAAAAUAGUGGAAAACCCCCAAGUAUCAAACAAAUUUCUGAAAAAGGCAACACAUCACUUGUUAGAAGGAUUAUCAAACAAUUGACUUGUAAAAAAUGCCUGAAAAGGUUUACUUCACGUUCACUACUUUUGAAGCAUUCUUGUAAUUUUGCCUGCCCAGUUUGCUCAGAAAUGUUUACCAGCCAAAUGAAUCUAAAGGUGCAUACAAAAAAAAUGCACAACAAUUCCACAGACAAUGGAUUAGAACAAUCUUGGGCCCAACCCUUGGAUGAGACUGAGGGCAAUCAAGGUUUAUCUUCAUGUGAAAUCUACAUAAGAAAAUGCUCAGGUGGGUUUCAAUGCGUUAUUUGUAAGAAGGUCUGUGUAACAAAAUGCAAUGCUGUGGACCAUUAUUAUUCACACACUGGGGAAAAGCCAUACACAUGUGAUGUAUGUUCUAAAAAAUUUUCUAAAACAUCUGCUCUGAACCACCACAGUAUUACUACUCAUGGUAUGCAUAUCAAAACGCACAAGUUGAUGUGCCCCACUGCUAUUGCUCAGUAAACUGGAAACUGGCUUAACUGUACUGCGCUGCUAGACACCUUACAUUUGAUGUCAUAUGUCGUAAAUGACAAGUUUUACUGAAUUUUAAACCAAAUAUUGAUUGUAUGUUGUAGUUAUCUCUGCUUGGAUUUUAAUCUGUAUACAAUUAUUCAAUUAUCAUUCAAGUAUUGUAAUGUAAUUUCAACCAAAUAAAAGCUUCUAUGUUCUUUACAGCUGUCUGUUUUUAGCGUAAUGCGUGGUCUUAUCGCGAGAUUUUGCGCCGUCGUCAUCGGAGGAUCUAGCCAUAACAUUUAGCUGGGUACCAAAUGUCUUAAGUCUGUACAUUUUGAGUAUCUGAUGUAUAUAUUAAGUAAACAGGUUGAUUAUUAGUUUCUGUUGAACGUGUCUUGUUAAUAGUUCACCUACAGAUGUCUUUGAUGCGAUUUCGUUAAAGAUGGGAAUGGCAUCGUAGCAUCGGAUACAAUUUACAUGGAUUAUGUUUAAAACUUAAUCUUGGUCCAGACUAUAUCAAAAUGGAGAUUGUUAAAAGUGUUUUCAAUGCACAGUUGGCAUCUGUCAUGGAUACUCUGCUUGCAAAUGCAGUGCAUGAGAUAGCGAAGAUCUUUGAAAGCAGCCUGAGCCAACACCAGGCGGAGCUAUUGGAGAAGACAAAUGAAAUCACCAUCCUUCGAGGAGAGCUGGAGAAAGUUCAGAGAAAAUGUACAGAGGAGCCAACAUCAGAGCGUGGACUAUGCGUGAAACAAGAGCCAAGCACCGUGGAUUUUUCAGGUAGGCGAAAUAUAACUCUUAUAACUCGUGUGUCGUGUCAGUUUUGGUGUCCGAUUUUCUCUGUUUUGUGUACAGAUGAAGACCAUGGACUCUAUCUGAAUUUAAGUGGAAUAAAGACAGAGUCUCAGGAGUCCCCUGGUCGCGAAGAAGCUGGUGAAUCCAAACUUGAACAAUAUGGGUCACAAUGCUUGGCGUCUGCUACAAUACAAGUGUUAGAAAUGGAACUGAAUCAACAAAUGAAGAUGUUCUCUCCAGCUCAAUGCAAGGAUGAAGUGCCUGAUAGGGACGAAAGUAUUCAUACUGCAGCACAACUAAAUGCAGAAGAGGCCUCUUCUCUUUUGUCCAUAUCACCAAAGGUAUGUUCUGACACAAGACAGACAGAGGGCUGGGUCCCAGGGCUUAGCUCCACCCAGAACUCUACAGUGGAAAACUAUAAGGCAAAUGAAUCUAACUGCCCUGGUCCAAUGAAGAGAAACACUGUAUUUGGGCUUGAUGAAACAUGUUUAGAAGACAAUUAUGCAACUUUUCUGGAACACAAGUCUGCAAAUCUGACAUCCAGUCAUCAAAUUGCUCAAUCAGCGCAAAGAUCAGACAAUGAACUGACUUCUCACACCAAACAAGGUCCAACAUUUGGAUCUAGGGACCGACCACAGUCUAACUUUCAUACAUUUGCACUGCGAAACAUGGAGUUACAGUCUUUAACCCAUCGUCCAUCAGCCAGUUUAGUGAACAGACGCCCAUACACCUGCCCUUACUGUGGAAAGUUUUUUACAUACCCUUCACAUCAGCGACAACACCUCCUCUGUCACACAGGGGUCCGGCUGCCCUUGUGCCAGUUCUGUGAGAAGCGAUUUCUGACCCAGUCGGAGCUCACGGCCCACACUUGUACAUACAAAGGGGAGAGACCCUUCGGCUGUGGCCAGUGUGGGAGACAUUUUGCCCGAAGCAGAAAUCUGAGAGCCCACCAGAGGAACGUGCACCUGGGCAAGAGGCCGUUUACCUGCACCGAAUGUGGGCAAAGGUUCGCACACAAGGGCAACCUGCGAGUUCAUAAACACAGAGUUCACAAUGGAUUACAUCUGCAACAGACUCAAAUAGGCUCUGAUACUGUUUAAUGGUCUUUACUUAAAUUGCUUGUUUUAUUUAACGCAUUUUUUCAUUAUGGAGUUUUGAUGUAGGCCCAUCUUGAGAAUUAUUAUUAUUGUGGUAUAUCAGUGUAGAAAUCUGAUUAAAAAUGUUAAUGUAUAGUCAGUUAUUGCUAGUAUUAAACUAUUUUACAGAAUAUUUGUCGUAACUAAGUAUCAGUGUUGUUUUCACUUCUUCCAGUUAAGUAAGAAGAAUAGGUUUAUUAAAAAUAGAGUGGUACAUUUGUUUAAUAACACAUAAUAGACCAAUUUGCUUUAAGAUUUCUUCUCAAAUUAUUUAAAAUUGCUCAAUAUUGUCGAAAGUAUUUUUUUUUUGUCAGUCCUCUAAUGUGACAAAUGCAAAUAAAGAAUUGGUAUAGUGUUGUUGCAAUGUUGUUGCUUAGCCAGCAGGGGGAACUGUCAACUUAAACGUGAUAAAGAAGUGACUGCACGUCUGCAUACCAUGUUGUGAAUAGCUUUCUCACAAUAAUAAUAAUGACAAUUAUAAUGACUUCUUGUUUCAGUUGGCCUCAAUGUACAAAUGUUUAACCAGUCGUUCACCAGAUAAUUUAACUCUCAUUUUCCUCAUCCUUUAUUCUUUUACAGUGUAUGUUUGUGAUGAUUAAUAGUACUUUGGUCUAAUACAUAAACUUCCUUUUGUACAUCAUAAAUGCUGAGUGAAGCAUAUUAAUAUAUUCCCUUGGCUGCUGAGCACUUAUUUUGGAUCAUUUGAACAUUACCCACAGUGACGUGUUGCGCUGACCUCCCCCUCCCCCCAAAGGUCACCUGUAUCCACCACCUGGGGAUUAUUUUCUAUUUUUAGUUCUUGUCAUAUUUAGAAAAGUAAAAAAUAAACCAGAUAACCAAUGCUUGUAUAAAGGUGAAUGAAGAUCGUU